AUGGAGAAUCACACGGCGGUAGAUCAUCUGCUAGCUCCACCGGUCUCUGAUCAAGAUAUCCUUAACAACAUAGACGGCCGCAUGCACGGCCCCAUGAACGGAUUUAUCAAAAAACACUUCGGCAACUUUCAAUAUAUCCACCAAAAUGCUUUCUUGGAAAUUCAGGCAGGCGGAAAAGUCAGUGGCCGCUGUGCCAUUCCAUCAGCUGCCCCAUUACCGGAAAAUUUCCUACAAUGGUUUUCUAACUAUGUAUCACGGGAGCUUGACGGCGCUCGAGGCUCAUGGCUUGUAUCCAGCGACAAUCUAGCACCCAAGCACGAGAGUGAUGACGACGGUGCACGUCUUCUCUUGACCAUGCUCGUUUCGCCAGCCUCCGACGUACAGGCGAAAUGGGACCAUGUUCAGGUCAUUGGUCAGUUUAACCACCGUGGUUGCAUUUCUUAUCAGGACGGACUAUUGCGUCUCUGUCGGGCCGCACACCAAGUCUUCGCUAGCCAGCCUACGCGGCUCUUUUUACAUGGCUUCUACAUUCGCGGCUCACUGAUCGAACUUUGGGCCUUCGAUCUGGCUUAUAUUGUAGCGACCUGUUCGAUCUACCAGCGGAUGACGGAUCAGGACCUGGGGAAAACCAACAUCAUUAAGACUGAUAAGGGCGGUAACUAUAUUAUUCUUGAUAGUGUUGUGAUGCCCUCUUUGGGGAAGCUUUAUCUCGAAAGCCAGCCAAUCGCGUCCCGCGAAGGCCUUGUUGGCACCGGGACAACUUGCUACCGGGCUAAAAUACCUAAUUCGAAUCGAUGGGAUUACGUCAUAAAGUUCAAAUGGCGUUGGGCUAGGGAUUGUGCCGUCUCCCUUGACUAUUACGAAGAAGUUGAAAGUAGAGCAAAUCUUCGUCGAGGCCUCCGGUGGGGGACACAAAGAAGAUUCGCUAAGACGGAAGAGAAACGACAGGAAGUUACUUGCAACGCUAACGGACUUGUUGAAUAUACAGAAGAAACCGAUAACUUCUUUCAAAAUUGUAUCCUUACUUGCAUCGUUACUUCCCCUGUCGGCAGACCUCUUCAUACUUUUCAGUCUCUCUUGGAGUUGCUCGAAGUGUUUCGUGAUACUAUUAAAUGUCACCGGUCGCUUUGUUACGACGCCAAAAUACUUCACCAAGAUAUUUCCCCUGGGAACAUGAUCAUUCUGGAUGGUCAAGAGGAAGGAAAGCCCCAAGGGAUCCUGAUAGACCUCGAUUCCGCAAUAAAGCUCGCCGAAGGAUCAGAAACAGAGCUUGACAUUACCGGCACUAGACCAUUUAUGGCCAUUGGAGUUCUGAAGAGCGAAUGUCAUACUUAUCGUCACGGCCUGGAGUCAUUCCUUUAUGUUUUCCUCUGGGCAAUCAUAACGAACCACACCGAGGACCCCCCAGAGACAAGUCGGCUUCGACAAUGGAGUAAUGGCGACUGGGACGAACUAGCGGUACGCAAAUCUCUUGACAUGAAUCAAAAUGGCUUUCAGACUAUUUUGAGGGAAUUUACUCCCGAAUUCCACUCCGUUAAGCCGCUCACCAAAAGUCUACGCCAAAUUCUAUUUCCCUUACGGGCUAGCGUAAUUUGGACAGGGACCGACAGCUCGCCCGAAGCUAUAAACAAGCUCUACGAUGGAAUGAUCUACGCUUUCGAAGAGGCCAUCAAUUCUAUGGAUAAAAGAAAAUAA